CUGUCAAUGCAAUGUGUGCAGAAUAGUUCUAUAGAUAAUUGAAGUUAUACGAAUUGUACCAUUGCACAAGACUGCGCAUUAGAAGCCGAAACGUAAUAGAACCGAUUGCAUUGAAAAAAUAAAAUUUUCAACGAACGACAACUUUGAAAGCAGCCACAAAGAAUGGCUUUAUUUCGACCAUCAACCCUGUUAAAACUUCGACGAGUUCAAAGCCUUCCAGCUGCUUUGUACCACAAAAAUGUUUUGGACCAUUAUGAAAAUCCACGGAAUGUUGGAUCAUUGGACAAGGCGGACAAAAGUGUUGGCACCGGUUUGGUUGGUGCACCAGCUUGCGGUGAUGUCAUGAAAUUGCAGAUUAAAGUCGAUGAAAACGGUAAAAUCAUUGAUGCAAAAUUCAAAACAUUUGGCUGUGGAUCGGCAAUUGCAUCGUCAUCAUUGGCCACGGAGUGGGUGAAGGGAAAAACCGUCGAUGAAGCUGGCAACCUUAAGAAUUCGGACAUUGCGAAGGAACUUUGCUUGCCACCAGUCAAAUUGCAUUGCUCAAUGUUGGCCGAGGAUGCAAUCAAAGCAGCACUUGCUGACUACAAAAUCAAACAGAACGAUGCUGGCAAAUAAGAACGAUACGAUCUACAUCAGAUAUAACGAUUGAUAUUCAAAAUUGUUGUGUAUAAACGUAGUAUGAAUGCAAAUGAAUGAAUGUAUGUUCUGGACGACUGUGAUUUUAUUUGGUACAAUUUUGAAAAUUUAUGUUUGUUAAUGCUGGAUUAAGAAGCAAAUAAAAUUCUUAAGUGAGAUUUAUGAAUGCCCCUUUUAGAGGGAUAGAAGCAA